UCGGGAGGAGCCGCCGGAGCGAGUUUUCAUCUGAGAGCGGCGGCGGCGGCGGCGGCGCUCGUCUGGGUAAAAACAAAAACAAAAACAACAAAAAACAAAGGGGCCGAUCGAUGUUCCCUAAGGUUUUACUGCAGUGGUGCGCAGCCGUCUCGAGUUGUGCAGCUGAAAUAGCAAAGGCGAUAAUGGCGUCCGCACGCUCGCUUCCUCCUCCUCUCACCGCAGCCGAGGGGUGUGCGGUGACCAUGGCGACGGACGCCACGGAAACUAAGCACGACGUGGUUUUAGAGGUAACCGAAUCCAAAGGCCCAGAGAGGAGGCGACAGGGCAAAUUCCAGCCCUUCAAACGACUCUUCGGGAGGAAGAAGAAGAGGGAGGCGAAGCGGGGCUUCGAUGGAGCGCAGCUGAAGGACGGUUUCUCCACCGGGGGGGUGUGCAACGGGGUCGCGUCCGACGAUGAGGAGUCCAGUCAAGAUCUGAGUGAGUUGAAUCCCAUCGGUUCUCGAGCCCUCUCGCACGACAGCAUCUUCAUCCCGGAGGAGCCGGCGGCCGAGCCGGGUCCGGAUCACACCAUGUCCCAGGAAAACGUGUCGGAUAAAGUGAGGAACCUGCAGAGGCAGAUAGCACAAGGCAUCAAGUUUGGCCAGAGGCCUUCGUCUCAGAGGAAGAGUGAGGGAGACGAGGGGAGUUCAGAUGAGGAAGAGGUUCCCCCGAGCCCCCUGAGGGUCUUGGCCCGGGUAGAAACCGAACCGGCAACGACGGAGCCGAAGCAGGUCCAGGGCGCUCCACAGGCCGGACCCCACAGCGCCCCCCCGGUGAGGUCCCCGAGGUCCAGACGAGUCCUUUCGCCCGCCGGCACCAUCGAGUCCAUCAACCUGGACUCCGUGCCCCAGUCGGCGCCUCGCUUGGACAACAGCGCCGCCAAGCACAAGCUGUCCGUCAAACCCAAAAACCAGAGGGUGUCCCGGAAACACCGGCAAUUUUCCCAGGACCUGCAGGAGGUCUCCAUUCCCGGCGCGGUGCCAGAGGACGCCGAGGAGGCCAGCGUCUCCUCGGACGACCGACGCCGAGCGUCCGUCGAGUCCUUCGAAAGCUUCAAGAAACAGAGACUCCAUGAGGAGGAGAGACGGGAGACGAGGAGGAGGAGGGAGCUGGAGGACAUCAAACAGGAGGAAGAGGAGAAGGAGGAAGCGGAGCGGCGGAGGAGGAAGAGCGAAGCCUCAAGAGAGGAGAGGAGGAGGAGGGAGGAGGAGGAGAUGAGGAUCAGAGAGGAAGAGGAAAGGAGGAUGCGGGAGGAGCGGGAGGAGGAGGAGAGGAGACGACUGGAAGAGCAGAGAAUGAAACGACGACAACAACAGGAGGAGGAGGAGGAGGAGGAAGCCGAGGAGGCAGCGGGAGCUCGAGAGGAGGAAAGAAAGAAAGAGGAGGAAGCGGAGAAGCUGAUGCAGGAGACGGAGGAGAAGAAGCACGCGGAGGCGGAGGAGAAGAUGAGGAAGGAGCAGGAGGAGCAGAGGAAGGCCGAGGAGCUGCGCUGGAGGGAGAUGGAGGAGAGACAGAGGCCUUUCUCUUUCAAAGUCUCCUCCGGGGAAAACAGAUUUUUGUUCCAGAAGGUCCACCUGACGCCCGUCACGCCGGCGGCGUCCAGCCCACCAGGGCGGCAGUGUGUCCGAGCAACGGAGAGCGCCCGGGCCUCCUCCUAGUCCCCCAACCUGCCGACGUCCCCGUACGUCCCCCACACCGCCAUCUUGGUGACGGGCGCACAGCUCUGCGGGACGGCCGUCAACCUGAACCAGAUCAAAGACACGGCGUUGCAUGUCCUGCUGGGUUUGGGGGACGACCGGAAGGCGCAGGGAACGCCGCCGACCAAGAGCAAGACUUCGCCGGACCGCAAGUCCGGCAAAACCAAAUCGCUCAACGAGUCCCUCGACUCUCCACGGACCAGUUCUGUCCUGGCCGAGUGGGCGAGCAUCAGGUCGAAGAUAUUCAAGGGGGUGGAGGAGGGGAAAUACGGCGAGUACCCGGACGCGGGCAAGAACCAGCCCGACGGCGCCGACACCGACGCCGACGCCGACUCGGCGGCGUUCUCCCACACCAACCUCAGGAAGACCAUGUCGGCCAGCGCCAAGUUCUCCAUCACCCCGGCGAAGAAGAAGUUCGGGAGAUUCAAACAGAACUCCGAGGUGUUCGGCGCCGACGAGAAGGACGCCGGAGAGGAGGCCGACCGCCCGUCUGACGCGCCCGACGCCGCCGCCACCUCGCCGGUUCCGACCGGCAAACCUCAGAGCAGGACGAGCAAAACCGUCCGCAUCGCGGAGAGAGGCUCAGAGGAGUGCAUGUUCGCCAAAGCUCCCUCGUUCCUGGUCCCCAGCCCCGGAGCCAAAUCCGAGGCGUCGGAGUCGGAGACGGAGGCGUCUGAAGGUAGAGAGGCGGACGGCGAGGACCAGCUCUCGCCGUUCGGCAUAAAGCUGAGGAGGACCAACUUCUCGCUCCUUCACAGCGAACAGUCCACCGAGAAGAGGAAGAAGCGAUACAGCGCCGGGGACAGCUUCGACGGCGUGCCCUCACCUCUCACCCCCAUCGAGCCGGACUCCGACGCUUCCUCCGUCUUCUCCGACAAAUCCACGAGUCCCACGUCGCCUCAGAGAGAAGUCGCGGCGGGAAAGAACUCGCACGCGUCCGCCUCUCCCGCCGCCGUCGCCGCCGCCGCCCCUCGGGCCAAACCGGGUAAAUCUACCAGCCCGGCCGCGCACGGCGAAGGCGAGAAAGUUCUCUCCAAGCCACCGAUGUACCGGAGGCCGACGUCAUCGCCGAAACCCGGCGGAGCCUCCCCGACGCCCCCGCCGUCGCCGCUGCCCAAAGCGGUCCGCGGGAAUCCCGGCGAGCCCGCGCUCAGACGGGCGGGGCCCGCCGAGCCGUCGGCGGUCGCUCAGUUGCACCGGAGCAACCGCCAGGGCCACGUCCAAGUGGAGGAGGAGCCGAAGGAGAAGAGGUCCUUCUUCCCCUCCAUUAACAUCCCCUGGAGGGAGAAGGCGGACAGGAAGUCGGAGCUCAUCAAGAGAGACAAACCGUCGCUGCAGAGCAGGCACUCGCUGGAAAGCGCGAAGGUCCAGGAGAAGGAGGCCGGGCCCUUGUGGAUCACGCUGGCUCUGCAGAAGCAGAAGGGCUUCAGGAGACAGCAGCAGAACCGAGAGGAUCGCCGGAGCCACCGGGAGAUCAAGCUGGCCGAGAAACAAGCCCGAGAGAGAGACAGCCCCCGCCGGGAGCCGAGGGAGCGGCGCCGCGACAGUCCGUCUUCCAAAGCGCAGACGCCGGAGGAGCCCAAGAGACCCGACAGCCUCCUGGGACGACUGGAGCGCAGGGACCACCUGAAGAAGGCCAACACUCUACCGAGCUCCGUCACCGUUGAGAUCUCAGACUCCACGCCGUCGCCGCCCGCCGUCAAGGAGGUGACGAAGCGCUUCCCCUCCGGCGACUCGCCGCAGGUGUCCACGGAGCCGGCGUGGCUGGCGCUGGCCAAGCUGAAGGCCAAAGCCUGGAUCGACUGUCCUCAGAUCAUCAAUACACCCCCCCCCCCCCCCCCCCCCCGGGACUGCACACCACUGGACUCUGAGGGCUACAGGAACCAGAACUCACCGUGA